GGCGCUGCAUCAGACGGAUAAAAAUGACAAAUCAAAAUGCAUGCUGGUGGCGGGGCUGGCGCUGGGCUCCAUCUUCUACGACCUCGGCGAGGACAAGGUGGCGGAGCGCGUGGGCCUCUUCGCCUUCCUGCUCACCUUCCUGCUGUCGUCCACGACGGAGGCGCUGCCAAUCUUCCUGCAGGAGCGCGAGAUCCUGGCCAAGGAGACGUCGUCGGGGGCGUACCGCGUGUCGUCGUACGCGGUGGCCAACGCGCUGGUGUUCCUGCCCUUCCAGCUGGCGCUCGCCGUGGUGUUCGCGGCGCCGGUGUACUGGCUGGCGGGGCUGCGGCGCACGGCGGCGGCGUUCGGCUACUUCCUGCUGGUGGCGUGGCUCAUCCUGUACACGGCCAACUCGGUGGUGGUCGGCGGCGCCGGACUUCGUGGUGGGUCGGCCAUGCCGGGGUGUUGGGUGUUCAUGCACUACCUGUCGCUCUUCAAGUGGCCGUUCGAGGCGCUGCUGGUGAACGAGUUCGCCGGCGGCGGGAGGUGCGCGGUGCGGCUGCUGGGCGCCUGCGUGGCGACGGGGGACGAGGUGCUGCGGCGCGAGGGGCUCGGCGAGGAGUGCAGGUGGCGCAACGUGGGGGUCAUGGUGGCCUUCAUGGCGGUCUACAGGGUGCUGGGCUACGCCGUGCUCAGGGUCAGGUGCAAGUGCAGCAGAGCCAGAGGGGGCAUGGCCAAUUCAAAAGCCGCUAGUGUGAUUGACUGA